CGCGACAAACGCGACAUUGCCGAACGGAAACCGGAAAGCGGGUUUCGAAAACAUAAUAAUCACAUAAUAAUACUGGUCGAGCAGAAGAAAGAACUUUCGGGGUGGGAAACGCAACGGAGAGUCGGGAAAAAAUGGCCAGUUGUGCGCCGGUGAUCGUGUGGAACGGUGCUCAGUUUACGGCCAGCAGCAGGGAACUGGAGCAGCUGCGUCGGGACUACGGUCUGGAUGCCCGGAUGUUGGAGGCCACCCUUGUGCCGCGAUACAAGCGCCACAAGCCGCAGGCAGCGGCCCGCAACGAUCACGUCCGCGUGACCAAGGAGCAGCAGCAGUCAUCGGAUUGGAUACUGAAGCAGGAUCGCAGCACGAACGUCAGUCAGGUGAACUUCCAUCCCUGGGCGGGUGCCCACUUCGACUUGGUGCCCUGGCGACGCACUCGCUCCGCCCUGGACCUCACCUCCAUAGCGGACUACAACCACGGCCUGGUCGAUCCCAAAUCGCUCAAGGGUCUGGAGAAGUUGGAGCUGAAGCAGCAGCGACGCCGUUUGCAGCGUGCCCGGUCCACGCAUCAGGGUCUGCGGCGUUUGGUCCGUGUCCGCCUGAUCUUCUCCAUCGAACUGCGGCACAAGCGGAUGGAGGUGCUCCGCAAGAGUGCCCUGCCCGCCAGGGUUUUCGAGCAGCGUUUCGCCCUCUCCGAGAACGAGAGUGCCGCCUACGAGCGCAUCCUACUCGACGCCAAUGCCGGAGUGGAACAGCAUGUGGGCUACUUUAGCAAGCGGCAGGUGCAUCAGGAUGCCAGCGAGGAACUGGUCGUGGACUUUGCCAGCGAAACGGAGGCUGAGGCGGAGGCGGACAAGCCGGAGGAUCAGGAGGAGGAGAAGGAGGAACCCCGGUAUGCCACCAUAUCACCGCCGGAAAAGGGAGGCAGUGCAGCCAUGCCGAUGACGAAGGAAGGCGACCAGGUGCCAUGCGUCAAGUGCCGCGACAUUGCCAUCAAAUUGAGAACCAUAAACGAUUAUGCGCUCAGCCCGAAUCUGCACCUGAACCACAGUAACAAACUGAACAAUCUGCACGGCAGCAAGCUCCUGCACAGCAACCAAAACCACAGCAGCAAUAGUAGCAUCAAUCCGAGCAGAAUGCACGCCCACCAGCUGGACUCCUAUUUGGGCGGAGUGGGCGGUAUGAUGAAUCUAGGGAGCAUGGGCCAGCAAAUGGGCCAGAUGCACCAUCCGGGGAGCGUUUCCGGCAGCGAAAGACCCAACGGAGGAGCUCUGGCCCUUCACUAUGCCGCCGCACGUGGCUGCCUCGAUUGCGUCCAACUGCUGGUCGCCGCAUCCGUGGAUAUUUGCUACUUCUCCACGAUCAACGUUAAGAAGGGCCUCCUUGGUCGCAUGACCACCAGCCUGACCUCCUACCGUCGCAGCAAGCAGAAGUCCAAGUCGAACAAUGACAUCCACACGAUCAUCGCCACGGAAGUAACGACCGCCAUCCUGAGCAGCAGUGUGCACAGCAGCACGGGAUCGGAGCUCGAGGAGGGUAAUCCCCCAGCCGUUGCCACGCUCAUCGAGGAGCUCCAGGAUUCCAGGAACGAGGAGCAAGAACGGGAUCGGGAUAGGGAUAGAGAUCGGAAUCGGGAUAGGGAUAGGGAAAGGGAUAGGGAGCAACAAAACCAUCAGCAGAAGGAUACCCAAAUGGAGUCGCAUCACCAUCGCAAGGCCGCCGUGGAGGUGGUGCGCCAGCAAAUGCAAGACGACGAGGAUCAGGACUCCAACGAGGAUGACGAGGCCACGCCCAUGAUGAGCGGCGUGGGGCGGAAGGAGCAGAACAACCGACGCAGCGUCGUCAGCGCCAAUACGCAAAUGGACAACGAUGUCACGCCCGUCUAUUUGGCGGCGCAGGAGGGCCACUUGGAGGUGCUCAAGUUUCUGGUGCUCGAGGCCGGCGGCUCUUUGUACGUCCGUGCACGCGACGGCAUGGCACCGAUCCAUGCCGCUUCACAAAUGGGCUGCUUGGAUUGCCUCAAAUGGAUGGUCCAAGAUCAAGGUGUGGAUCCCAAUUUGAGGGAUGGCGAUGGAGCCACGCCCCUGCACUUUGCCGCCUCCCGGGGCCAUUUGUCCGUAGUCCGUUGGUUGCUCAAUCAUGGAGCGAAAUUGUCCCUCGAUAAGUACGGCAAAUCGCCAAUUAACGAUGCUGCAGAAAAUCAGCAGGUUGAGUGCCUGAAUGUCUUGGUUCAGCAUGGCACUUCGGUGGAUUACAAUGCCAAGAGCAGCUCGCAGAGGCACAAGUCGCAGCAGCAACUACACCACCAGCAACAUCAGCAGCAGCAGCAACAGCACCAGCAGCAGCAGCAGCAACACCAGCAACAGCAGCAACACCUGAGCAGCAGCUGCAACUCAAACUCAAAUUCCUCGAAGCAAACGAGUCGCAGCAAUACGAUCAAGUCCAAGUCCUCCUCGACUUUGAGCUCCGACGUGGAGCCAUUCUACUUGCAUCCACCGGCCAUCACAGGCGGAGCUGGAGGAUCGGCAAUGGGCCUGGGCAUGGCCAUGAGCAUGGGCAUGAGCAUGGGCAUGGGCAUGGGAAUCUCGAGGAAGAACAGCGAUGCCCUGUACUCCCAGCAAUCGAGGAGCUCGUCCGAGAAACUAUACAAUGGUUCGUCCUCUCUGGGUGGCAAUCCGGGAGUGAAUAGUUCUUCGGGAGCAGGGGGAGUAGGAGGAGGAGGAGGUGGUGGUGCCCUGCUACCCAACGAUGGGUUGUAUGUGAAUCCCAUGCGCAAUGGCGGCAUGUACAAUACGCCUUCGCCGAAUGGCAGCAUCUCCGGUGAAUCCUUCUUCCUGCACGAUCCGCAGGAUAUCAUCUACAACCGCGUGAGGGAUUUGUUCGUGGACUCCGAUUGCAGCAGCAGUGUGAAGCAGCACGGCAAGAGCCAUGACCACGCCCACUCACACUCACACUCGCACCAGCUGAUGCAGUCGAAGGCCGGCAAUGCCAUGACCAUCCAGGCGGACGUCCACUCCAGCUCCAGUGGAGCGGGCAGUGGCUCCGACGAGUCGGUGUCCAUCUCCUCCAGCUUCAACUCGCCGAAGCAGCAGCCGCAGCAGCUGCGCAGCCAGAGCUUCAAUCGCCACGGCAGCAGCAGCAACAUCAGCAAUAUAAGCAACAUCAGCGCCAGCGGCAACAUCAAGAACAACAUCAACAACAACAGCAACAACUAUAAGCCGCACAAGGGGCUGCCAAACAAUCAGAAUGGCGGCGGGGAUCACGACUACGAGGACAUCUAUUUGGUGCGCGAGGAGUCGCGCAAGCAGCACCAGCAGCAGCACCAGUUGCAACAGCAGCAACAGCAGCAGCAAAAUCAGCUGCAACACCAAGCCGUGCAGCAGCAACAACACAAAUACAACGUGGGACGCUCGCGAUCGAGGGACAGUGGCUCCCAUUCGCGUUCGGCCAGUGCCAGUUCCACCAGGAGCACGGACAUUGUGCUGCAGUACAGCAAUCAUCAUUUGAACAACAAGCGCAACAUGAACAACAGCAGCAACAUCAUCAACAGCAGCAGCAACAUCGCUUUGACCAACAACAACAAUAACAGCCUGCUGAAUCGCAAUAAGUCGCAUUCGAUCAUUGGACUGCACAGCAGCAAGUACGACUCCUCGCUGAAGGACAACUACAGUGCGAAGAAUGUGAAUCUGAAGAAUCAGCUGCUGAACGGCGGCAUCAAGAGCGACACCUACGAGAGCGUCUGUCCGCCGGAGGAUGUGGCCGAGCGGACCAAGCAGACGCACAAGAACUCCAUGAUCCGCAACAAUCUGGCGGAUACCUCGACCAUCAGCAACAACAACAACAACAACAGCAACAACAGCAUCAGCGGCAGCAACAACAACAUCAGCAACAUGAGCAACAUGAACGGCGGCAGUCAGAGCAGCAGGAAUCUCAAGCGGGUCUCCUCGGCGCCGCCAAUGCAAAAUUUGGCUGUGGUUAAUGGACCACCUCCACCACCCUUGCCGCCACCAUUGGGGGCACCUGCUCAGCAGCAGCGCAAUAAUUUGAACGCCGAGCAGUCCAACAACAUGAAUGCCAACAAUGGCAUUUACAAGAAGAAUGUCUUUGGACCGAAUCUGGGUCCAGCCACCGUCGCUGCUCCUCCGCCAGUUCCGGCUCCCAAUCCCAUAGUCGCCGAUGCCGUUGACUCGGAUUCCGGACUCGAGGUGGUCGAGGAGCCGAGCUUGAGGCCAUCGGAACUGGUGCGCGGCAACCACAAUCGCACCAUGUCCACCAUUUCGGCGAACAAGAAAGCCAAGCUGCUCAAUGCCAGCAGCACAAAUGGAGUUAGUGCCGCCAGUCCGGAGGAUUCCCGAUCCGGAGGAGGUGUAAAUGGAAAUGGCAAUGGAAAUCAUACUGCUCCUGGAGCAACCAACAAUAGCAAUGCCCAUUUUUAUGGAUAUGCAGAGGGUGUUAAGGGUCAGAGGGGCAAUGGAAAUGCAAAUGGAAGUGGAAAUGGAAAUGGAAGCUAUCCCAAUCAGCAGCCGCAUUAUCAGAGCAACCAGCAUCAUCAGUACACGCCCAGCUUGUAUGGAGGUGGCUCCUCCGCCGAGGACCACUACGAGCUCACCCAGCAGCAGCAGCAGAUCUACGGGGAAACCCACUUGGCCGGCGGACAGCGGACGGGCGGACCCAAUCUGGUCAACAAGCAGCUGGUGCUGCCGUUUGUGCCGCCCAGUUUUCCCAAUAAAUCACAAGACGGCGUCACGCAUCUCAUCAAGCCGUCCGAGUAUCUCAAGAGCAUCAGCAUCGACAAGCGUUCGUGUCCAUCCUCCGCCCGCUCCACGGACACGGAGGACUACAUGCAGAUACAGAUCGCCCAGCAGCAGCAGCAGCAGGUGCACCAUUCGCAGCUCCACUCGCAGCAUCCGCAGUCGCAUCCGCAUCCGCACCACCCACAUCCGCACCACCCCCAUCCGCACCAGCUGCAUGGAAUGGGCGAGCAGCCGCCGCUGCCGCCUCCGCCGCCGCCCCUGCCCCACGGCAUGCUGCCGCCGCAGCCGCCCAUGAUGGGUCCGCCGAUGGGCGGGGCGGGCGGCCAGGAUGUCACCAUGUCCGGCAAGUCGCACAAGCCCAAGAAGCCGCACGGAUCGGCGCCCAACAGCCAGGACACGGCCACCAGGAAGCAGCACCAGCCCCUCUCGGCCAUCUCCAUACAGGAUCUGAACAGCGUCCAGCUGCGCCGCACGGACACGCAGAAGGUGCCGAAGCCCUACCAGAUGCCCGCUCGCAGCCUGAGCAUGCAGUGCCUGACCUCCAGCACGGACACCUAUCUCAAGUCCGACCUGAUUGCCGAGCUGAAGAUCUCCAAGGACAUACCCGGCAUCAAGAAGAUGAAGGUGGAGCAGCAGAUGGCCAGCCGGAUGGACUCGGAGCACUACAUGGAGAUCACCAAGCAGUUUUCGGGCAACAACUACGUGGAUCAGAUACCGGAACGGGACCAGGCCGGCAACGCCAUACCCGACUGGAAGCGCCAGAUGAUGGCCAAGAAGGCGGCCGAGCGGGCCAAGAAGGACUUCGAGGAGCGGAUGGCCCAGGAGGCGGAGUCGCGCCGCCUGUCCCAGAUCCCCCAGUGGAAGCGGGAUCUACUGGCACGGCGCGAGGAGACGGAGAACAAGCUGAAGGCGGCCAUCUACACGCCCAAGGUGGAGGAGAACAACCGGGUGGCGGACACCUGGCGGCUGAAGAAUCGCGCCAUGUCCAUCGACAACAUCAACAUCAAUCUGGCCGGCAUGGAGCAGCACUACCAGCAGAUCCAGUUCCAACAGCAGCAGCAGCAGCAGCAGCAUCAGCAUCAGCAGCUCCAACAGCAGCAUCAGCAGCUCCAACAGCAACUCCACCAGUUGGGCAACAAGGAGAACCAUGGCGAUCUAAAAAGUGCUGAUCAGGAUCAGGAGCAGGCCGUCGGUGGCGUCCAGGAGCUCCUCGAAUCCUCGGAGGGCAGUCAGGGACACGGCGAGGAGGAGGAGGACAACAUCAUUCCGUGGCGCGCCCAGUUGCGCAAGACCAACAGUCGCCUCAGCCUGAUCUGAACACCACAAUAUCCAAUCCAAAUCCAGCCCAUGACUCAACUUCUAAGCGGUGCAUUUUUUUUGUUUUUUUUUUUCGAAUAACUUAAAGCAUGUGCAAUCAUUAAAAGGAGAUACCCUAAAUAUAAACCAUAAAAACUUAGCCUAAGUUACUAGCUACUUACAUUGUACUAUAUGCAUUAUCAUAACCCCUAUUAUUACGCCUAAAUCGUACUCAACGUUUUGUUUUUUUUUUUUUUUUGGCAAAAAGAAUAUUGUUAUUCCUAGGGGGGCAGAAAACCCGUAUAUAUCUAAUCUUUACUGAUGUCCUUGAGUUUUAUUUCGGUGUUGUAUUUUUAUCAUUUUUAAUGUCGAACUAUAAUUGUACUUUUUUUUUGUGUGACUCGGCUUGAAUUUAUUAAGUAAUGACAUUAAUUUAAUUGUCUCGGCUAAGCAUUUUUUUAUUGUUAUUUGUUUUUAUAUACGCGGCUCAAACAAUAUUAUUAUUAAUUACAUAAAUACACAAAUACAUACUACAUCUAUGAAUAAACAAGCGAACGAAUGAAUCAAUAAAUACAU